CAUAAUCCAGUUAUCUUGUUAGCGCUGUCAGAUAGCCUUAAAGCGAAAUCUCUUAAAUAGCUGAAAAUUGAGGAUGUAGCCUAUUCUAGUGUUGUGAGUAGUGGUGAUUGCAAUGCAUUCGUAACAAACGAAGCACAUUUGUAAUUGGUAUAUGGAGGCUUUGUGACUUCAUUGUCGAGGAUCAGUCUGCCUGUCUCAGAAUCAUGUCUAUCCUGAACAUUCAUGCCCGAGAGAUCUUCGACUCCAGAGGGAACCCUACUGUUGAAGUGGACCUCUACACUGAGAAAGGUCUGUUCAGAGCUGCUGUCCCUAGUGGAGCCUCAACUGGCAUCUAUGAAGCUCUGGAGCUCCGUGACAAUGACAAGAGCCGGUACAUGGGCAAAGGUGUUUCAAAAGCAGUCGAGCACAUCAAUCAGUCUCUUGGACCCGCUCUGAUCGCGCAGGGAGUGUCCGUGUUGGAGCAGGAGAAUGUUGACCAAGUGAUGCUGGACUUGGAUGGCACAGAAAAUAAGUCCAAGUUUGGGGCAAACGCCAUUCUUGGGGUCUCUCUGGCUGUAUGCAAGGCUGGUGCUGCAGAGAAGGGUGUCCCCUUGUACAGACACAUCGCAGACCUUGCCGGAAACCCAGAGGUUAUUUUACCUGUGCCAGCCUUCAAUGUAAUCAACGGCGGCUCCCAUGCUGGCAACAAGCUGGCCAUGCAAGAGUUUAUGAUUCUGCCUGUGGGGGCCAGCACCUUCAAAGAGGCAAUGCGAAUGGGGGCCGAGGUCUAUCACAACCUGAGAAAUGUCAUCAAGUCCAAGUAUGGCCAGGAUGCCACCAAUGUGGGUGAUGAAGGAGGGUUUGCCCCCAACAUCCUAGAGAACAAAGAGGCCUUGGAGCUCAUCAAGAACGCCAUCAGCAAGGCGGGCUACACAGAUGAGAUUGUCAUCGGCAUGGAUGUGGCGGCAUCUGAGUUCUACAGGGAUGGGAAGUAUGAUCUGGACUUCAAGUCUCCCGAUGACCCUGACCGUUACAUCACGCCCGAUGAGCUGGCUGACCUCUACAAAAGCUUUGUGCAGGAUUACCCAGUGGUGUCUAUUGAGGACCCGUUUGACCAGGACGACUGGACUGCAUGGUCCAACUUCACGGGUAGCACCGACAUCCAGGUUGUGGGAGACGACCUGACAGUCACCAACCCGAAGCGCAUCGCCAAGGCUGUAGAGGACAAGGCCUGCAACUGCCUCUUGCUUAAAGUCAAUCAGAUCGGCACCGUCACCGAGUCCCUUGCGGCUUGUAAGAUGGCACAGUCCAGUGGCUGGGGGGUGAUGGUCAGCCAUCGUUCUGGAGAGACUGAGGACACCUUUAUUGCUGACUUGGUGGUCGGCCUCUGCACUGGCCAGAUUAAGACCGGUGCACCUUGCCGUUCAGAGCGUCUGGCCAAAUACAACCAGAUACUUAGAAUUGAGGAAGAGCUGGGAGACAAGGCUCGCUUUGCUGGAAAGAACUUCAGAAACCCUCUGGUCUGAAUGCAAGACUAUCAAUAAACACCAGUAAAAGUAUAAUAACUUGUUCAGUGUAGAACAGGGACUUGUAGUGUUGACCAUGUAAUGCAUCACUAUAAUCAGCUAGCAUGGCAGUGAGUGACUACUAGAAUAACAUGUGCAAAUGUGAAGUUCAGCUUCAGACUGUGGUUCUGUGGUAUCUGGGGAAAUCCAGUGCUGCCAAUGUCAAGGCUUAAGGCAUUGCAGUUAGUUAAUUGUUGUGGGCCUGGGAUAUGUAAUUAAUGUAUUAAAUACUAUAUUGUAUUUUAAUAUAGAACAAAUGUAUUCAUGUAGACUGUAAGAAAUACUGUUAUAAUGGAAAGUUUGGCUUGUGUACUACCUGUGCUACUGGGUUUGGCUGAAUAAAACAUCCUUAUUGAACUGUCA